CGGCGGGCGGCGGAUGGCCAAGGUGGUGCGCAACUUCUUGCAGGCCCAGCAGGUGCAGGCGCCCGUGGAGCUGUACUCGGACUGGCUCUCCGUGGGCCACGUGGAUGAGUUCCUGAGCUUCGUGCCCACCUCAGACCAAAAGGGCUUCCGGCUGCUCCUGGCUAGCCCCACAGCCUGCCUCAAACUGUUCCAGGAAAAGCGAGAGGAGGGCUACGGGGAGGCCGCCCAGUUCGAUGAGUUGAAAUACCGGCAGAAGAGAAGCAUUAAUGAGAUGCUGGCGGACAGACGCCUCCGGAGUGACAGUCUCUAUGUACAGAAAUGCAUUGACUGGAAUCGCGAGGUGCUGAAGCGGGAGCUGGGCCUGACGGAGCAUGACAUCAUCGACAUCCCCCAGCUCUUCUUUCUGGCAGGCUCCUAUGCGGAAGCCUUCUUCCCUGACAUGGUCAACAUGGUGGUCUUAGGCAAGUACCUGGGCAUCCCUAAACCCUUUGGUCCCAUCAUCAAUGGCCGCUGCUGCCUGGAAGAGAAGGUGCGGUCCCUGCUGGAGCCUCUGGGCCUCCGUUGCAUCUUCAUUGAUGACUUCCUGUCCUACCAUGAGCUACUUGGAGAGAUCCACUGUGGCACCAAUGUGCGCCGGAAGCCCUUUCCCUUCAAGUGGUGGAACAUGGUGCCCUGAGCCUGCUCCCCACCAGCCAUCCUCUCUGCCCACCAGCUGGGGAACCAACCCCAUCAGGGUGAAGGCAGGGCAUCUCCACCUGACCUCCAUCCUCUUUGAGGAGCCUU